ACCCGCCCGCUUGCAAGCUCCCGAGUGCUUUUUUUUUCUCUCUCUCGUGUGCGGAAAGGCGGAAAAGUCACUGCGUUUGGAAGCAUUCCUCUCUUUAAGACCGAGAAAUAAGCUGGGACGCCGAAGGGGAGGACGAACUCGCUAGCAGUUGGCUAACGUCGGCGAGCUUCCAUAGCGUUUAGCCAUCUAGCCAAGCUAAUUGGCUAACGUGUAAUUACAUGGGAACGUCCUGUUUGUAGAGUCGAUGUACACCCGAGAAUGGUGUAUGGAUAAUUCCGUGGAGUAUGUGUCGUUUUAAGCGACAUUUUUCGUCUUUAGCCAAGUUUUUUCAGCGGGAGACUGGCGUCCAGUGGAUAGCAUGUCAGCUUGUAGAGAUGGCUUGUUUCUGCAAUCGCGCUUUAUAUACGCCAAACAACUUCAUCGCAUAGGUUUCAUGCGGGAAUCAAUCACUGGACGGCGUUAACUUGUUUUACUCCCUCUUGACGGUACAGCGAGCACCAAAUGUAUAGCUUUGUGCCAGGAGGAGCAUUUCGACUAAUUGUGCUGAACCGAGGACCGAGGCAAGAAACAUUUAUGUGGUAACUGCAAAAAAAAAAAGGCGAGGACCCGAAAGUACAUCAAGUGUGUGGAUUAGCUCCAAGUGAAAGACCAAAGUCGAUCUAUACGAUCAUGCCCGUGGGCCGAACUACAACCAUGCAGUGUCUUGCAAAAUUCGGCUUUUGCCUGGCUCUUCUCCUUACUCCAGUGGCUGCGGCACAGGGCGAAGAGCGAGAGUGUGCCUUCACAGACCAGGAGCAGCAAUCGGAGGUGGAGCGAGUGGUCGGGGGCGAGGGCCGAGUCUCGCCGGAGAAUACCACCAUCCGAUGUGCCAAGGGCAGCAACUGCUUCGGCUUGUGGGAGAAAAGUUCACCAGGCGAAUUCCGUCUGGUCAAACAAGGUUGUUGGACCUACCCUAGCGACUACCAAAAAUGUCGCGAUGACCGCUGCGUGGUGAAAAACCUGUCGUCUCAGACCCAGAACGGGACGUACCACUUCUGCUGUUGCGGAAGUGACAUGUGCAAUGUCAACUUCACAGAGGACUUCUCACCUCCCAGCCCCGCCACUGCACAGCCCAUCUACCCUCACACUCUGCGCUAUGAAGAGACAAUAAUCAUCGCCCUGGCAACCAUCUCUGUGCUGGCCGUCGUCGCGGUAGCUGCUUUCUUUGGUUACCGCAUGAUGCGUGGGGACAGUAAGCAAGGUCUUCACAAUCUGAACAUGAUGGAAGCCGCUGGCUCCGAGAGCUCUUUGGACCUGGAUAAUCUCAAACUGCUCGAGCUAAUUGGCCGGGGUCGAUACGGCGCCGUCUAUUGCGGCUCCCUCGACGAACGACCUGUCGCCGUCAAGGUUUUCACCGCCAACAACCGCCAGAACUUCCUCAAUGAAUGCUCGAUCUACCGGCUAACCCCAUUACUACCCACAUGUUAGUUGAAGUGACUCCUUUUGGCAAUUGGUGCAACAUGCGCAUCCAAUGUUCCUUAUUUUCCACACUUUAAGGGCUCUCUGAGCCGCUACCUGAGCGUUCAGACCAACGACUGGGUCAACAGCUGUCGGCUUGCUCAUUCUGUCACUCGGGGAUUGGCGUACCUGCACACUGAACUCUUCAAAGGAGACAUGUACAAGCCAGCGGUCUCCCACAGGGACCUGAACAGUCGGAAUAUUCUCGUCAAGGCCGAUGGCACUUGUGUCAUCAUCGAUUUCGGCCUGUCCAUGAAGCUGACGGGCAACAGGCCGGCGCGCCACGGGGAGGAGGAAAACGCUGCUAUCAGUGAGGUGGGCACCAUCCGCUACAUGGCGCCAGAGGUGUUGGAAGGAGCCGUGAAUCUGAGGGACUGUGAGUCGGCGCUGAAACAGGUGGACAUGUAUGCUCUGGGCCUGGUCUACUGGGAGACCUUCAUGAGAUGUACCGACCUUUUCCCCGGCGAAUCCGUGCCAGAGUACCAGAUGGCCUUCCAGGCGGAGGCCGGCAACCACCCGACGUUCGAGGACAUGCAAGUGCUGGUGUCGAGGGAGAAACAGCGGCCCAAAUUCCCAGAGGCCUGGAAAGAGAACAGCUUGGCGGUUCGCUCUCUAAAGGAGACGAUGGAGGACUGCUGGGACCAGGACGCGGAGGCCCGCCUGACGGCCCAGUGCGCCGAGGAACGGCAGGCCGAGCUGCUCCUCAUUUGGGACCGCUCCAAAUCGGUCAGCCCCACGCUCAACCCCAUGUCGACCACUCUGCACAACGAGAGAAACCGGGUGACCCCCAAGUCCGGCCCGUACGCUGACCAUUCCUCCACUUACAUCGAAGAGCACGAGGGCAUGGCCAAAAACGCGCAGUCCGAUACCACCAGCUCCGCAGGUGGCCGAUUGGGGGGCGGGACUGGAGAGAGGAACAGGAACUCCAUCAACCAAGAGCGGCAGCAGCAAGCCAACGCCCGGAUGCCCAGCCCGGAGGGGAGCAGCACCAGCGGGGCUUGCUUGGGUCUCAGAGGGAGCCCCUCGGCCUCGACCACAACCACCACGAUCAUUUCGGAGUCCGAGGGGCCAAUGGGCAGCGCCACGGUGCCCGUCUGCCUCCACCUGACCCAAGAAGACCUGGAGACCACCAAGCUGGACCCCAAAGAGGUGGACAAGAACCUGAAAGAGAGCUCAGACGAGAACCUGAUGGAACACUCGCAAAAGCAGUUCUGCUCGCCAGACCCGCUGAGCCCCGGGAGCUCCAGCUUGCUGUACCCCCUCAUCAAGAUGGCGAGCGAAGCCUCGGGCGCCUCCGAACCGGCCCCCUCCAUUCCCGCCGCCGUCUUUCCUCUGCCCAAGCAGCAGAACCUGCCCAAAAGGCCGUCGAGCUUGUCCCUGCGCAGCAAGCCGGCCAAGAAGGAGUCGUCGUCCUCUUCGCUCAGGUUCAAGUUCGGACGAUCGGGGAAGUCCAACCUGCGGCAGGUGGAGGGAACCAAGAUUAACGGCGGCGCGGUAACGGGCCCGAACGCGGACGCGGGAGCUCACCGAGGCGCGGGUAUCAACAACAUACCGGCCCUACGAGAGGCGCACGCCAACGGCGGCAUCGACGGCCCCGCCAACGGUCACAAUCGGAACGGAAACGGAGCGUUGCGGUCCGACGACGGUCGCCUCAGCCUCGGCGUCAUCACGGCCAGCCCGGACGAACACGAGCCGCUGCUGAGCCGCGAGCCGCCGGAUCCCGGCGACGCGUCUACGGGCGUGGCCGCGCUGCGCUCGGCCCGACCCAACACCAACAACAACAACAGCAACACGGGCCGCGGCCGGGGCGACGGCGAGAGCGGAGGCGAGAGCGAAGGAGGCGGCGACGAGGAUACGGGUACGGAAGGAGGAAGCGGGGCUCCGACGGGGCCGCCGGGAGAAAGCGCCGGUGCCUCGCACUCUUCGGUGACGGUCACCAUGCGAGACGAGUCCCUGCUCAGGCAGCCCCGAGUCCGCAGACCAGAGAGACCAAACUCCUUGGACCUGUCCUUCACCACACAAGACUUGGCCUCAUUCGGCGACAGCUUGGGGCACCCAGACAGCGAUUUGGGCACCGGCGAUAAGAUCAAGAAACGAGUCAAGACGCCGUAUUCGUUGAAGAAAUGGCGGCCGACCACGUGGGUCAUCUCAACAGAUGCCAGGGGGCUCGAGGUCAACAACAACAACAACAGCGGGUCAGGCCGGGGCCAAGGCCGCAGCCACAACCGGCCCAAGUCCACUUCGGCCAUCUACCUGCGGGGCGGAGACUUGGUCGGCGAGCGCGGCGACACGCAUGUGUGAGCAUCCCCGCAUAAGAACUCAAUUAACCCACUGAGCUGUUUUUUUUGUUUGUUUUGUUUUGUUUUUUUUGGGGUGGGGGCUCAGCUCAGAAUCAGCAAGAGGAAGCUACGGGGAAUCGUGGCCUAAGAGUCGAGUCCGAUGUACAGUCCACUAAUUAAGGUCUCCCUGCUGUCUGUCUUUUCCGAUGACGUAAUUUGCUUUCGAUGCAAUCCAAGCUAUGCAGCGUUCUCUCCCGCUCGUCCAUUUCUUAUUCGCUGUCCCUUUAUGUUCGCCUCCCCCAUAAAGCAUCCACGUGUUAAUUGUUUGGGGUUUUUUUUUUUUUCUACGUGCACUUUGAGCCGAUGAGAUCGGCAUUUGGUCCCGCCCUGCCCGUCGUGACCGCGGCGCCGCAGGGAUUUCAAUCAUGCGCUCUUGUUUGUUUUCAUUCAAGCACACGGCCCCGUUGAAAAGAAGAAACGGUCUUUAAAGAUAGAACAAACAAACUUUUUCUUUGAUUUUUGUAUGCAAGAACUGUCGUCGUGGACUAUCCAUGUUUUGUAUCAUCACCUGAGUUUUAAUUGUGCAAUAGGAUGUAGCUUUCAGAUGCUUUUCAUGUUUAAUUGUUUUGUUGUUGUUUUUAACCUUCAAUCAUAUUUUGAAUAUGUCAAUCAAUCUCCUUUGCACUUAUGAUUAGUCACAAUCUUCAACCUUGCCCCCCCCCCCUACCCCAGCCUGAAGCGGAAAAACAAAUGACAAUCCUUCAAUUUCCGUCUCGGGGGCAUCAUCUUGAGUGGGGCACGAACAAUCGAGCUCAUCUGAGUGCUUGAGAAUAUUGCGACGCCCCCCUCCCCCACACUCACCCACCCCAUCCUCUUUCCACACAAUCGCACCAUGAAUUGUUUUUAAACUCAAUCUAAGGCUCUUGUCUCAGUGUCACCUGACUUCAUGUUUGACUUUAUGUAUGUGACUGAAUUAUAACCAGAAGAUGAUGAAAAGAGAAAAAAAAAAAGUCCCAUUUGUGCUUCUUGGAACUGCGCUGGAAAUGAGAAGAAGAAAAAGAAGAAAUAAAUAAAUAAAGACAGACACAAAUAAUACCAAACCCCCUUCCAAGGCACGCUGAAUAUUAUUUGUGCUUCUACUGGUCGCAUCGCUUCAUGUUUGGAUGGCUGGUUCGACAAGAUGUUGGUUUGUUUGAAGUAAAUUUUGUUUUGCUGGAGUCCAGCGCUGUACAGUCUCUGUAUGUUGUACUCAUUCUGUAGUCUCAGCGCCACUUCAGGAUCGACGAAACGAGAUCUCAUUUUAUUAUGUUUUUGUAAUCUGUAAUUUGUAUGCAAGAAAAAAAAAGAAAACACUAUUAUUGCAUUUAUUUGUAUAUUUUUAAUGGGAUCCUGUGUUGCAUUCAAUGGACAUGGAGGACCUUUGAUUCCAUUGCUUCACGUUUGCUUGAUACAAUUUCCCGAAACCUUUUCAAGACACUAUGGAAGAAAAAAAUCUCAAUAAAUGUAUGAAAACUUG